AUGGUUGCCCGCCGCAGGGUUGAUGAUGACGGCGAGGAUGACUUCGACCUCGACGACGACUCGCUCACCGAAGGCUCCGUAGCCUCGGACGACAAUGACUUGGCAGAUGAUAGCGAUACUAGCAAUGUCGACGAGACAUCCCCCACCUCCCCUGCCGUGCGCAAGGCACAUGCUCGUGCCGCUAAUGGCCACGCGAGGUCGGGCACCGCAAAAGCAUCCGGCAGCUCUGGCAACGAGCCCAGGGGCAAGGCUGGCAAGGCAGCUCAGACAGCCGUUUCGGACACCGAGUUCAUGUUAAACGGCCUGACCAUCUCGGACAGGACGGAGACGGUUCAGGAGAUGAACUUUGAGGAUGCCACCACGGAGACCCAGGCCCAGCCUUCCACGCAAGCGGCGGCUCCUGUCAUCGUGAGCUCCAGCUCGGCAGCCAUGGACCAGCCACAGGAUCACCCCCACGAUCGACGACGCAAGGAGCACGAUGAGUACAGGCGGAAACGGGAUGAGGAUCCGGCCUUCGUGCCCAACAGAGGGGCCUUCUUCAUGCAUGACCACAGACACGCUGGUCCAUCUACCAAUGGCUUCCGGCCGUUCGGCAGAGGAGGACGCGGCAGAGGCCGUGGUGGUGCUAUCGGAGGGCCCUUUGCCCCGGCAAGCCAUCAAUUUUUCAACCCAUCAGAUCCAACAGUUAGUGCACCAUGGGCUCACGACAUGCACGAGACUGUUGCGGAACCUGCUCGGCCACCACGGCAGCCAAUCCACCAUCGUCCCACGGUUGAUGAUGGCCCGCCCAACGGCGACGGCUACAUUCCUACGUGUGACAUGAGCUCGACGCCCAUCAACCGAACAUUGUCUACGGAGAAGCGGAUCGGCAACGUACAGAUCAGGGUGUUUAUCCCACCGCUAAAGACGCCCGUCGUGUUUUCGGCAAUCCCGGUCAAGCAAUACACCAAAUUGCCCGAUCACCGCCCACCCCUGCGACGAGACAAGCCUGUGCGGAUCUCUCUACCCAACUUCCCACCUCGCUACAUCUUCCCGGCUACGGACCGGUCGUUCAUCUUCAUCCCGCGAGCCUUGCGGCCGAAUCAGCAGCGUCUGCGUGGCAAACCAAGAUCUGGGCUCGGUUCCAUUGGGGGCUUCUCGCGGAGAACGAGCGUGUUUGGCGGAAGCUAUUACAAUGGAAGCCAUUACAACGGCAGCCAGUAUUCCCCCAGUGUUGCUCUCAGCAGGCGUUCUUCGAUUGCGCCGGAUAUGGGGCGGGACUUCCUCGUGUCGCCAACCGGCUCAGCGAUCUCGCGCCCUCCCAUGGCCAUGGACGCCUCUCGGCCUGUGGUAAGGCUGCCACCACGCGCAGAGCCACAGGGGCCCAGUGUUGAUGGUACAUAUGGAGAUCGGGCUUCUGCUGUUGGCCAGACGGCUAUUAACGACCUGCCCCAGCCGCAGACUUACCCUCUCCCGCAGAAACCGAUGCAAGAGAACCAGCCCGCUGCUAUUCCUAUGCACCAACCACGGCCGCAGAAGACGGUGUCGGUCCAGAAUAUUGAAUCACCAACCUUCCAGCAACAACAGUCACAGUCGUAUCAGCAGGCUUUCCACCACCAGGUACCUGUGCAGGUGUCAAAUGGCUUUGCUCACGACUCCCACGCUCGCCGCCCGUCGUACCCUUCACAGCACUCGACAGGCACCCCCUUGUCCCAGAUUCCGGAACGUGCCAUCCACGCAGCUCCAUUCCAGCCCACGCACUUUUCGCAACAAGGCUACUAUCCUCCUUACCAGAUGAUGCAGCAGCCGCCUCAUCAAGGUUACUAUUAUCCAGGCGCAACCCCUUACUCUGCUGCAGCGCCUGCCUUUGUUCCUGGUAAUCAGCAGGGCCCACCGCAAGGUGAUGGUGCACAGCCAAACGGGCAGAUGGCACCUAGUGCCAAUCUAGUUGCACAAGAGGUCAACGGCAUGGUAUACUACUACGACGCUUCGCAACUACCACAGGUCCCACAGGUACCGCAGGUGCCCCAAGUUCCUACCUACCCGCCUUACUCAGCUCCCCAAGGGUAUCCGGGGAACAACGGGGUCAUGAGCCUCAAUGGGGUGGUCACGCCCAGCCCAGACGGGUUUUACUACCCGCAACCCAACACUGUCUACUAUCCUCAGUAG